UGUCUCCCGUGCCGAAGCAUUCCUCCCGAGUCAACAAGUUUUCCUUGCUACGAUCGUCGCCGCCUCGAGUUUAUCGACCCCUCGACGUCCAAAUACCCGACAGACGCCAUGCCUCGUCCCUUCUCUCUAUGCCCCCUCCCCCCAUGUCGAGCCACCGCCCCCUCCGCCGCUCCUCCACCAAGUCCUCCGUCCCCUCCUCCUCCUACGCCGCCGCCGCUCGGCUGAGGCCCCGACUCCAGCGCCCCAGGCCCUCCUCCACGACCCUCUCCUCCGCCCUGACCAAGGAGCGCCUCCGCGACCACGCCUGCUGCGCCUCCUGGAGCACCACCAGCAGCUACGCUUGCAACAAGGGCCUCGCACUCAGCCCUGGCCGCGAGAGCCUUGACUCCUCCUCCCGCUCCUCCUCCUCCUCUUCCUCCAUUCUCGUUAAGAUCCACCGGUGGGGAACGUCCUGGUUAUGCUCCCGCCGACUCCGCCCUUCCGCCGCCUCCGUGCCGGCCCCGCCGAAGACCCUGCCGCCCUAUCCCCGCUGCGAGUCCUGGGAUCCCGGAUUGCGGUCGCCACCCGAACAUUGGAUGCCGAGGAGGAGUUCCAGCCCUCCGCCCGCGGUCUACCCAGUGGAGAAGCCUUUGAGGGAGAGCGAACGGGUCCCGGCCCAGCCGGCGCCGGCCACUACUAUGAUCGACCGGCCGAUUCCGGCUGCUGCUGACGCGAUUGGCACCGUUGGAUCAAGGAAGGAUCGGAAAUCGACGGUUGUAAUCAGCGCCCCGGCUACUACUAUGAUCGCCCGGCCGAUUCCGGCCGCUGAUGAUGCGAUCGGCACCGUUGGAUCAAGGAAGGAGCGGGAAUCGACGGUUGUAAUCAGCGCUUCAUCGCCGAAGGAGGACAGGUUCGUUUGGGCGCAAAAGUACCGGCCGAAAGCUUUGAAGGAGUUCAUCUGCAACAGGAAUCGGGCCGAGGAGCUCCUCCAGAUGGUGUCUAAGCAAAUAUGCAGUCAUUUUAUAGUGGAAGGUCCUCCAGGGGCGGGGAAGAAAACUAUGGUUUUGGCAUAUUUAAGAGAUGCUUUUGGACCUGAGAAGUUGAAGACAAAUAAUGAGCUGAAGAAAAUUGAGCUGAAGGGUGAAUUUGUCUCCAGCAUUAACAUAAAUGUGAGGAUGUCUUUUCAACAUGUUGAGGUAAAUCUGUCUGAUUUGCAUGGGUACGAGAAGCAUGUCCUAGCAUCUUUUAUAAAUGAUCCCUGUACACGAUCAGACAAAGCUGUACAUUGUGAUCAUAGUAAUUGCAGAGCGCUUGUUAUCCAUGAGGCUGACAAGCUAUCAACAGACGCUCAACAUUAUCUUCUUUGGCUUAUGGAGAAGUACAAAGGUUGUAACAAGAUCUUCUUCUGCUGCUCUGAUGCCUCAAAGCUUCACAUCAUGAGGCAUCUUUGCAAGACUGUAAAACUUCUGCCACCUUCAGAUAGUGAGAUUGUCGAAGUUUUGGAGUUCAUUGCCACGCAAGAAUGCAUAGAUUUACCCCAUGCCCUGGCGAAGAGGAUUGCAGAGAACUCAAAGCAUAAUCUUCGACAGGCAAUUCGUUCAUUUGAAGCCUCCUGGAAGUCAAACUAUUCUUUAAAAGAAAAUCAGGAGAUCUUAACUGGAUGGGAAGAAGAUAUUGCUGAGAUAGCCAAAAAUAUUGUUGAAGAGCAAGGCCCAAUGCAAUUAUACGUCAUCCGUGGGAAGCUCAAGAAUCUAAUUGAGCAUGAUGUAUCACCAGACUUUAUUUUCAGUACUCUGAUAACAGAGAUGAAGAAGCAUCUGGAUGACCAAUUUCAAGCCAAAAUUGAUGCCUGGUAUCGAGAUUUUAACAAUCGGGAUAAUGGGCUAAUGCUGGAUGCUGUCAAAUCCCAAACUUUUGGACAUGAUAAAUUAGAGUCGUCUGGCAGUAAGCUAAAUUAUCCAAAGAAGAAUGUUCGCCGUUUCAUGAGCAUCGAAGAAUUUACUGCAAAGUUUAUGAGCUUCUACAAGUCCGCUGCCACCAAGAACAAUGGAGGGCCAAAUCCAUGCUAAAAUAUUUGCACUUUAAUGAUGUUGUUUUGCAUUUGACUAUAUAUAUAUAUAUAUGCUGUAACUUGCAAGGAUAAAGGAGAAGGUUUUAAAAAAAAGGAUCAUCAAGUAAAGCACGUCUAGUGCACUUGAUCACACAAUUGCAGUUCUGAUAUGUACCUCUAUUGGGUAUGUAGUGCUUCAAGGUAUGUCGAACUUGAUAUAUCUAGAUGCUCCUUUUUUAAGUGGAAUA